CUGACCAAUGGGGGCGUUGAGUUCAGGGCCAUCUGCGGUCACGUGUCCAAUGGGCGGGAACUUGUCUCUUGUGGACGCCAAAGCGGGAGGAUUUACCUCGUGCGAGAGAAGAAGGUCCGCUCCCGCGGAGGGUGUUUUGCCCAAGUGCUUGUCUGUGCACUAGCGCCUUUGGAGAUCAAAAGAGGACUUCAGGUCCCUUGGAAUUGGAGUUACAGACAGUUGUGUCAGAUAUCGCACCCUGUAUAUCUUUGAAGAGAAGAGCUAUGUUUUCAGCAUUCAAAUAUUAUGCAAUAGACUAUUUACAUGAGAACAAAGUUAAAGAAAGGCUUUUCAGAGAUGCUUUAUUGCUUCAGAUCCCUUCAUGUUUAAAUCAAGAUAAAAAUUUUAUUGAUGAUAAAUAUAGGAGUCCAUGGACAAGAGCUAUUUCAGUUCCGGAAGUGACAGAUGAUUCAGUCUUGGAGCAGUGGACAACAAGGUUCUGUGUGGAGGAUUUUCCUGAGAAAAAGACAGUUACAGGAAUGAUGAUUAAUGGUACAUUUGAGGAAAUUGUUCCAAGUUCCAAUCCAAACUCCCCAACUGGAAUGGAGACUAUCAGUUCAUACCUCAGGAAGGACUACGAAGAAGACUUUGCACCUAUCAAGUGCUCCCCACACUACCCGGGAGUGAAAGCGGAGCACCAAGGAUUACUUAUUGAUGAGGAAAUGAUUUUUAUAAAUAAAGCAAUGGAGAAUCAUCUACCCACUGUGGAUACUCUCUUGAGCAGACUAAAGCUCUAUCUGGUUAAGGAUCCACUUUUAGAUUUCCAAGAACAGCUCUCUGGAAAGGCUGACUUCACGGAAUGUUUCUCUGUUCAAGAACGUUCGGAACUUUUUGUGAGAGAUUUCCAUAUGGCUGAAGAGACCUUUUGUAAGAAGAAACUACCCCCAGUUUUUCCUUCUGAGUUUGAAUUCUUAAUGUCUACUAUCCCCAAACAAGAAAUUCCCACUCUACCACUAUCAGAACUGAAGGAAUCAUUAAACUCAAUGCCUGACAUAAUGGAUUAUGUAGAAGAAAAUGAAAAACUUUCCCAAAGAGAUCAUUCUACCAAGCAUGAAUUUGAUACUGAGGAUAUGAAAUGCAACUCUACGGAGAUCUUACCUGUUGCAAGCCCAUAUGAACCAGAGUGCAGUAAACCAGGAGAAUUAGAAAUGCCACUAACCAAUCUAAGCUUACCAAGGCAACAUUCUCCAGUGAGUUCAUUAUGUGCAGGAUUUCAGGCAUUUCCAUUUUCUGCUGUGUGUAAAAUUAAUUUGCUUAGUGCUGGAGAAUCAGCUAACAAAUAUUGUAUGCUGUGGCAGUUGGGAAACUGCAGAAACUCUUGGGUCUCAUUCUUGCUUACAGUUCCAAGAUGUCAAGAGCCCAGCAGUCAAUAUUCUCUUGCAAAUAUGAGGAAUAUCUUUUCUAUCAAAGGAGACAGCCUUGUGAUUAACCCUGCAAAAGCAAAGAGGUGGAGACAAGCAAGACUAAAUCCAAUAGUGGCCGACGCCUUGGAGCAUCUGAAGGCGUAUUUGUGUCACUGUGGUCUGCCUUCUCAGGCGACUAAGUUGGAGGUCUUCCUGCCUACAAAAGUGCUUCAGCUGGACCCCUGGUUAGAACAUCAGAAUUGUCCCUUGCCCAUCAUGCCUAUGAGUGUGAAAUCUACCAGUGUUCCCAGAUUAUGUCCACAGAAGAGACCAUUUUCAGAAAAAGAAGUGCUGCAUCUUUGUUUGUCUGAUGAAUGUGUCUCUGUUAAAAAAUCAAAAAAGGAAGAAAAUCCAAAGAAUGACCAAGAACUAGCUGCUGGAAUAAUGCAGAAGACAGACAACAGUCAUAUUGGAUUUGAUAUGUCUGAUGAAUGUGUCUCUGUUAAAAAACCAGAAAAAGAAGAAAAUCCAAAGAAUAACCAAGAACUAGAUGCUGGAAUAAUGCAGAAGACAGACAAUAGUCAUAUUGGAUUUGAUAUGUCUGAUGAAUGUGUCUCUGUUAAAAAACCAGAAAAGGAAGAAAAUCCAAAGAAUAACCAAGAACUAGCUGCUGGAAUAAUGCAGAAGACAGACAACAGUCAUGUUGGAUUUGAUAUGUCUGAUGAAUGUAUCUCUGUCAAAAAAACAGAAAAGGAAGAAAAUCCAAAGAAUGACCAAGAACUAGCUGCUGGAAUAAUGCAGAAGACACACAACAGUCAUAUUGGAUUUGAUAUGUCUGAUGAAUGUGUCUCUGUCAAAAAAACAGAAAAGGAAGAAAAUCCAAAGAAUAACCAAGAACUAGAUGCUGGAAUAAUGCAGAAGACAGACAACAGUCAUGUUGGAUUUGAUAUGUCUGAUGAAUGUGUCUCUGUUAAAAAACUAGAAAAGGAAGAAAAUCCAAAGAAUGACCAAGAACUAGCUGUUGGAAUAAUGCAGAAGAUAGACAACAGUCAUAUUGGAUUUGAUAUGUCUGAUGAAUGUGUCUCUGUUAAAAAACCAGAAAAGGAAGAAAAUCCAAAGAAUGACCAAAAACUAGCUGCUGGAAUAAUGCAGAAGAUAGACAACAAUCAUGUUGGACCAUAUAACUCUGUGCCAUCUGUUGAAUCAACUUCCUCUUCAUGGAUCAAGGCAUCUGACAAUAAAAAACAGAAUGACUUGGACCUUUUGAGCGAGUUUAUUACUCUGAGAAGUAAAUACAAGACUUUUGCUUCAGAUGCCGAAGUCACAGGCCAUGACGAAAACAGUGAAUUUCAAGAUGAAGAAAAGUGUGCUCUGACUCGUCAAGAAGAAAGUCCUGUUGUUUCUAAUAACAAAACUCCAAAGGAGAAAAGUCAAGAAAGAACAGAUGAUGUCAUUGAGAUUCAGGCAUCAGACACCCAGUGCCAAGCAUACUGUCUCCUAGAAGCAGCAGCGACUCCCGUCUUAAACAAACUUGUGUGCCUCUGCACUUACCCUGCUGCUAAUUGGAAAUUUGCCACUGUCAUAUUUGACCAAACAAGAUUCUUCUUAAAGGAACAAGAAAAGAUAAUAAAUGAUACUGUUCACCAAGGUAAAAAUGAUGACAGAGAAAUAACAUUCAGGCAUGCUGCUCUCUUACAUCUCCUGGUAACAAUUAGAGACGUCCUUUUAACAUGCAACUUGGAGACAGCAUUAGGAUAUUUGUCGAAUGCAAAAGAUAUCUACAAAAGUGUGUUAGAUUCCUGCUUGGAUAACAUUUGGAGACAGCUGAAAAUUUUACAGUUUAUUACGGAAAAAAGGCCUAAAACCAACUAUAAGAUCCAAGAAUUGCAAUGUCAGAUACUAAGCUGGUUGCAAAGUCAACAACAAAUUAAGGUACUGAUUAUAAUAAGAAUGGACUCAGAUGGAGAAAAGCAUUUGCUUAUUAAAACCCUUAAGAAAAUAGAAGGUUUAACAUUGACUGUUUUACAUUCAAAUGAGAGGAAAGAUUUUCUGGAAGCUACUGGUGUUUUAAAAGGUACCAGUUCCUGUGUGGUUGUGCAUCAUCACAGUAUCAGAGCAGAUUUCCCCUGGAGCAGCUUCGCACUGGUGGUGGAGUACAAUCACGUGGGACACUCUUGCUGGGCCAGGCACUGCCAGCAGCUGAGUAUACCUUUCCUGGCCUUCAAAGUCGUCGUUCCAGAGACAGCUCUGAAUAGAAACACCUUGCUGGAUAGAUUUGGUGGGUUUCUCUUGGAGAUUAAGAUCCCAUACAUAUUUUUUGCAUCUGAAGGAGUGCUUAAUACCCCAGAAAUACUCCGGCUGCUGGAAUCUGACUAUAAUAUCACACUAGUGGAGAGAUGCUGCUGUGAGUCACUGAAACUGUUUGGAAGCACAGAGCGUUACGUAGUAGUCACAGUUGAUGAGCAUACUGCUGUAGUUAUGCAGGACCUAGAAGAAUUACAUUAUGAGAAGGCAUCAGAUAAUAUCAUUAUGAGAUUAAUGGCAUUGUCAUUCCAAUAUAGCUGUUGUUGGAUAAUACUAUAUCCCAAGGAAACAUUAAAUUCAGAGUACCAUCUCACAGAGAAGACACUCCAUCACCUCGCACAGAUUUACGCAGCUUUGGUUUCCUCUGGCCUUAAAUCUGAAGAACUGGAUGUAAAGCUUAUAAUUGCCCCAGGAGUAGAAGAGACGGCUUUAACAAUUCGACAAAUUGCAGACCACAAUUUAAUGACGUCGAAGAGAGAUCCUCAUGAAUGGUUGGAUAAAUCCUGGGUUGAAGUUUCACCGUCUAAGGAAGAAAUGAGCCUCCUUGACUUCCCGUGCAUUAAUCCACUGGUGGCUCAGCUCAUGUUACACAGAGCACCUUCCCUGCACUGGCUGCUGAGAGCAACACCCGCUGAGCUUCAGGAACUCCUGCCCCAGGUUCCCAGCAAGGUUCUGAAGCAUUUUUGUAGCAUCACUUCCUUGUUCAAGAUUAAUUCUUCCUCCAUGACAAUGUCACCUCGAAUGUCAUCACUUCAGGAGGAUAUGAAUGAAACUGGUCCCUUUAUUUCUCAGAGUUCAGCUCCUGUCAUUCAGGAACAUGAGGAAUAUUAUUCCUAUGAAGACCCGAAAGAGACAGUGCAGGACGGCACAAGCUCUUCUCUUAAGGAGCUAAGAGAAACACUGAGCAUGUUGCCAUCUGCAGCAUCUCACAGUCAGACCAGCUACUGGAAAGACUCCAUUUGUGGUCCUAACACAGUGCACAAUAACCCUUUUCUAAUUAAUAACGAAUCAGAGAAAGUGACUUGGCAUUCCUUUCCAAGUCAGGAUGAUUCAGAAUCAGGUGUCUUUUCUUUGGGCCUAACACAAAUAAAUUGUGAACCUGAAAUGUCACCAGCUGAUACUCAGAGGAGAGUUACUCAUAAUUUUGUUAAUUAUCCUAAAGCAAAAGGAAGCAGAAACAUGCAAGUGUCCACCCCUGUGUUUUUACCAGAGGGCUCUCAAUCCCACCUUUGUUGGGACUUUAAAAACAAUGGUGACAGGAAACAGACUUAUUCAUUCAAUUCAAGCUGUGGAGCAGAACAGACCUCCUACGACAAAUGGUACCCACAAAACAAUGACUUACCCAGUAAUCAGCCAGAGUGUCUGUCGGCUAAAUUGGAACACUUCACAUACAGAAAUUCAAACACUGGCACUGACAAGACCUUUUGGAGAGAACUGCCAUCUGUCCCCAGCUGGAAUUCAUUCUGUGCUUCUGAUUCUAAUGUAAACCAAAGAGGAUUCAAUGGCCUUAAUUUCUACCAAAGGGCUGGGAACCACUUAGGACAGAGAAGGCUCCCUGUGUCUUCAUCUAACUGGGGAGAUUAUGAAACACCAACAGGCUUAAUGUACUCACAAGUACCACAACCCAAAAAACAACGACUAACGUAUGAAAAAGUCCCUGGAAGAGUGGAUGGACAAACCCGGCUGAAGUUUUUAUGAAGAACAGAAAGGACAAUGCCACAUGCCAGAUUCUACUUU